UUCUCUCUCUCUCUCUCUCUAGAAGAUCAUCUAUCAUCUUCUUCUCUCUCUUCAGUCAUGUCUUGCUACAAGGGAAAGUACCAUGAUGAGCUCAUUGCCACUGCAUCCUACAUUGGCACCCCUGGAAAGGGUAUCCUUGCUGCUGAUGAGUCCACUGGCACUAUGGGCAAACGUCUUUCCAGCAUUAAUGUCAAGAAUGUUGAAUCAAACAGGCAGGCUUUCCGCGAGCUCCUAUUCACAACUCCCGGUGCUCUUCAAUACCUCUGUGGAGUGAUUCUCUUCGAGGAAACCCUUUAUCAGAAGACAGCUGCAGGUAAGCCCUUCGUUGAGGUGCUCAAGGAAGGUGGUGUCGUGCCUGGAAUCAAGGUGGACAAGUGUGUUGUCGAGCUUGCUGGAACCAAUGGUGAGACCACCACCCAAGGUCUUGAUGGCCUUGGCCAGCGCUGCGCGAAGUACUAUGAAGCUGGUGCUAGGUUUGCCAAAUGGCGUGCUGUACUCAAGAUUGGUCCCACCGAACCAUCUCCACUUGCUAUCAUGGAAAAUGCUAAUGGUCUGGCUCGAUAUGCCAUCAUCUGCCAGAAAAUGGCCUCAUCAUCUCUCACUCUCUCGGGCCGCCCCCUCCCCCGGUUCCUCUGUCCUUUUCCGUUCCAACACCGCUCUCUCUUUAGUUGAAAGAGAAGAACCACA